AUGAAGAGUGGAAAUCACACAGCGGUGAGUGAGUUUGUUUUCCAAGGCUUUUCCAGCUUUCAUGAAUACAAGCUUACCCUUUUUGUGAUAUUUCUUACAUUGUACUUUUUAACCUUGGCUGGCAAUGUCAUUAUUGUGACAAUUAUCAGCAUUGAUCGUCACCUUCACACCCCCAUGUACUUCUUUCUUAGUGUGCUUUCCACUUCAGAGACUGUGUACACGUUGGUCAUUGUACCACGAAUGCUCUCCAGCCUCGUAGGUCCAAGCCAACCUAUCUCCUUGGCUGGCUGUGCCACCCAGAUGUUCCUUUUUAUCACUUUGGCUAUCAACAACUGCUUUCUGCUCACAGCAAUGGGAUAUGACCGCUACGUAGCCAUCUGUAACCCCCUGAGGUACAUGAUUCUCAUGAACAAGAGGGUGUGUGCUCAGCUCGUAUGGGGGGCUUGCAGUAUCGGGCUGCUUGUGGCCAUGGUACAGAUUUCAUCUGUAUUCAGGUUGCCUUUUUGUGAGAGAGAAAUAGCCCAUUAUUUUUGUGACAUCCGUCCAGUUAUGAAGCUCUCCUGUGCCGAUACAACUCUGCAUGACAUAAUUAAUUUUAUCAUCAGUUCACUGGUUAUCGUCGUGCCCAUGGGCUUGGUGCUCAUAUCCUACAUUCUCAUCAUCUCCACCAUUCUCAAGAUUGCUUCUGCUGAGGGCCGGAAAAAGGCUUUUGCCACUUGCGCCUCUCACCUCACUGUUGUCAUUAUUCACUAUGGCUGUGCGUCCAUUGCCUACCUUAAACCCAAGUCAGAGAACACCAGGGAUCAGGACCAGCUGAUUUCAGUAACUUACACUGUGUUUACUCCACUCCUUAAUCCUGUUGUGUACACUUUGAGGAAUAAGGAGGUCAAAGAUGCAUUUCAACGUGUUAUUGGCAAGAAACCUCUUGCCUAA